AUGCAUCCCAUCUAUGCCAGGCGCCCACCGAGCCGAUGGAUACGGAUACUUGCCCUGCAGGGCGGGUUCGGGGACAGUCCCACCCAUGUUCGGCUCCGAGAGGCAAAUGUUGACAGUUUGCCGUCGUUCGCGGCGCUCUCGUACGUAUGGGGCGAUCCGUCCCAGCAGCAACAGAUCCGGGUCUCGGGCCACGAGGUGUCCACGGACGCCUCGUGUAUCAACCAAGGCGACUUGGAGGAGCGCGCGGACCAGGUGCAGCUGAUGCGGGAGAUCUACUCCCGAGCUGCCACCGUGCUGGUCUGGCUGGGCCUCGACGGCGACGAGGGGCAGGCCGAGUGGGCGAUACCCUUGAUGGAAUCCAUACACCAGGCCUGCGAGAACCACGCGCGCGCCCGAGGCGUCGCGCUGCUGGCCAUGGCCCACUUCACCCCGGCCACGGAAAGGUUGGAAGGCCUUGCGGCCGUUUCGAUCCCGGACAUCGCUGCCAUCGCGGAGCGUGCAGGGCGUGCGGGGCCCGACCCCGAAGGCUGGGCGGCGAUCCGAUGGGUCUUGUCCCGGCCGUGGUUCACGCGGGUGUGGUGCGUGCAGGAGAUCGUGCUGGCUCGCGCGUCCAGGGUCUGCGUCGGCUCCCACUCCUUUGACUGGGUCAAGCUAGGCGUCACUGCGGCUUGGCUCAGCGAGCAGAGCCUCGCAAGCGACUAUGACGUGCCGCCCGAGCUGGAGGGGCUGAACUGGGACGCCGCGUACAGCAUGUCCGAAUCCAGCCUUUUGGAGGUCCUCGUCGUGUUCCGCGAGCUCGUGGCCACGGAUCCGCGGGACAAGGUCUACGGCUUGCUAGGACUCGUCAGCAACGACGCGCUCGCGUGUUUCCCGGGCGUAGAUUACAGGAAGACCGUCACCGAGGUGUACGUCGACGUGGUCAGGGCUUCCGUCGAUACCAGCGGGACUUUGGCGCCCUUGUCCUAUGCGAAGCAUGGGCAUGAGUACGUGCGCACCGAGAUCCCUUCUUGGGUGCCGCGGUGGGAUGCCAGCGAGGACAUCUGCAGCAUACUCCAUGGCUUCUCGGUGACUGCGUGGGAAAACGGGGAUAAGCACGGUCUGCCCGGCCUGGCCGAUUUUGAGCCCACUGCAGACGGCAGGGUCGCGCUGUCCGGGGUCCGGUUUGAUAGCAUUGCAUGGGUGACGGACAUGCUCGAUAUCGAACACUUCAAGGAAGAUAUCUCCGCCUCAGAAGCUGCAAAACACCCUUUCCUCGAUAUCUGGCACCGCGCAUCCUCCAACAAUUGCUAUGUGCUAUCUCCAUCCGCGGACCACCCUUACAACGGCAUUUUGGAGAUGGGCCUGACGCUGACAGCCGGUUUCACAGACGUGUACCAGCUCGUGGGCAACCUCGAGCGCGAAGACUUGACGCGGUUCUACGCCGAUUUCCUCACAUACAUCCGGCAGCUGUUCGACAAAGCCGGUAAAAGGCCGGAAACGUUUGAUCCCCUCGACGUAGGGCUUAGCGACGGCGACGCCGCCCGGUUCCGGGUUGCCGCAUCGCGGUCUUGUGACCAGCGGCGCGUCUUUGAGACGACGGCGGGGUUCUACGGCCUGGCCCCGGCAUGUGCGCGAGAGGGAGAUGUCGUCGUUAUCCUCUACGGGGGUCGGCAGGUCGCUGAAGGCUGGGUCCUAUUGGGUGAUGGCUUUGUGGGCCCUCUGAUGCCGGAGAUGGCGGUCGAAAGUGUUCGAGAGCGGUUCAGCCACGAGGAGGUGUUUGUGCUGGUUUAA